CACUAUGGUGCGUACCUUCACGUCAGUGAACAUCGCCAUCUUGCGGCCGCGCACCGCCUCUGUCGUUGCUCAUCGGAGCUCUGUGACGGUUGCCAUAAGCGACCGAGCAACUGAAACUUUCAGAUGUUUCUUGCGUAAAUUCGUAAACUUUAAAAAAAAAAGGGAGAAAACGAUACGUAAAACGGACAAUUGAGUCACCAUGGCAAUCCCACAGAGCACUACUGAAAUCGUCGUGACGUCUUCUGAGCAUAUGGACAGUAUUCAGAGGUCACUGGACAAAUUUCUGAGUCUUUCCACAGAGGAUGUGACCGAGACAGAAAUGCUGCGGUCCAGGAUAGAUGAACAGUCAAGUCUGAUCUGCAUCCAGAAGCAGAGAGCAGAUGAGCUGACACUUCGAUGCCAAGCCCUGCAGAAAAUCAACUCAGAUCUAGAGGACGGAGUAACAGACUGCCAGAAAGAGCUGGACAGUGAAAGAAAGAAAGCAGCGUUAAUAGAGAGGAGGUUUAUGGAUUUAGCUGCCAACAAUCAAGCAAUUAUUGUCUUUAUGAAUGAGUACAAAAGUCAGAAUGCACAGUUGAAGAGGGAAAACAAACUGCUGCAGUCAGAAAAUGAUACGCUUUUCUCCCAAAAAUUACAAGAUAAAGAAGUGUUGUUACAAAAACUGAUGCAAGAAAUGAAACUGCUAACAGAGAAUUACACAAAUAAAGAAAAGGAAUAUCGGAAGAAUUUAGCUGAAAGUCAGUCAAAACUCCUGGAAGAAGAAACCCAACAUAAAGCCAAAGAAGCAUCGCUGCUGGAUCAACUGCACAACACUGAGCAACAGCAAAGAGAAGCUGUAGAAAUGUGCAACGAGCUGAAGCUCAAGCUACAAAGAGCUGAAGAAAAGGAUGCUGCGAAGGAGAUCAACAUGAAGAAAAGCAUCACAGGUCUUACCAAAGAGAAGGAAAAACUGUUGUCUCUGUCCAUAGAGAGAGGACGAGUGAUACAGGAGAAACAAGAGGAAAUUCAGCAACUGGAGAUAAAAUGGAAAAAGGAGAAGAAAUCUCGGGCUGAAGCAGAAGACAGGUUUGAACAGGACGCAGAGGUUGUUAACUCAGACAUCAAAGUCAAGUCGCUCCAGUGUGCUCUCAAUGACGCUGCGACAAAGUAUCGGAGGCUUCAAAAGGAUUUCGAUGCCUUCAGAGAACACAGCGCCAGCCUCCUCACACAGGAGAGGGAACUGAAUAAGAAACUUCGCCACAUGAUAGGAUAAAUUUUACUAUGAUACAAAUCACUUAUGAGUGCUCCUCUGCCAGUCUCUCAGCCUUUUGGACAACUUCUUCAAUUGGACCCACCA